AUGAAUCCUGGGUUGGGUAGAGGGGUAGAUGCCAAACUAGCGAAACGGGCAGCUUUUGCAAAUACCAAUUCUGUGGGCGGCCCGGCCUCCCCACCUCUUCCGGCCCAACCCGCCCCGGCACCGACGACCUCGCCGCUCCACUUCCUACGACUACGUCUCGCUUCCUCCCGGUCCGUGACCCCCGACACGCAGCACGACCACCAGAGGUCCCUCAAGAGGUUCAACGUCUGCGAGGACUGCCCGGUCUUCGACGGGCUGUACGAGUUCUGCCAGACCUACGCGGGGGCCUCGGUCGGGGCGGCGGUGAAGCUGAACAAGGGGACCUACGACAUCGCCAUCAACUGGUCCGGGGGGCUGCACCACGCCAAGAAGUGCGAGGCGUCGGGGUUCUGCUACGUCAACGACAUCGUGCUCGCCAUCCUCGAGCUGCUCAAGAAGCAUGAGCGUGUUCUGUAUAUAGACAUUGAUAUCCACCAUGGCGAUGGUGUGGAAGAAGCCUUCUACACUACUGACAGAGUAAUGACGGUUUCUUUCCAUAAAUUUGGUGACUAUUUUCCCGGAACAGGACAUAUACGCGACAUUGGAUAUGCAAGAGGGAAGCAUUAUGCUGUAAAUGUUCCCUUAGAUGAUGGAAUUGAUGAUGAGAGCUAUCAUUCUUUGUUCAAACCUAUAAUAGCCAAAGUCAUGGAAGUUUUUCAGCCUGGUGCUGUGGUGCUUCAAUGUGGUGCUGACUCCUUGUCUGGCGAUCGGUUAGGUUGCUUUAAUCUUUCUGUCAAAGGCCAUGCUGAGUGUGUGAGGUAUGUGAGAUCUUUCAACGUGCCACUCUUGAUGCUUGGUGGCGGUGGGUAUACAAUUCGCAAUGUUGCUCGAUGUUGGUGCUACGAGACAGGGGUUGCACUUGGUAUUGAACUUGAUAACAAGGUGCCUGAACAUGAAUAUUCAGGAUAUUUUGGUCCAGACUACAACAUUCAUGUUGCUCCAAGUAAUAUGGAAAACAAGAAUUCACAACAUUCAUUGAAUGAUAUAAGAGUACAGGUCCUUGAGAAUCUUUCACAGCUCCAACAUGUUCCUAGUGUCCAAUUUCAAGAAAGGCCACCUGAUACCGAGUUCCCAGAGGCUGAUGAAGAUGAAGAGGAUUUGGACGAAAGAAAUGAUCCUGGUUAUUAUAUGGAAAUGGAUGAUUCUAAUCAUGCCGAUACAACAUGCAAAUCCCUUGACCAUAUUCAGGAUGAGAAAGCCAAUAUGGAUGUGGAACCUGAACUGAUGGGUCAGGGAUCUCCUAAAAAGGUCAAUGAAAUUGUUAAAGGUGUCGAGGCCAUCACAGUGGCAAUGCCUUCUAGCUCGAAGGUGUUCGGUGAGAAUUCAGUCAUUGCAGAUGAGCAGAGCAGCAGAAAGGGACAACAAGAAGAAAUGAACAGAAUAUAUGGCGAAAAGCUUUGACCUUCGAACUCGCUAAAUAAUCGUUCUGUAAAUGGAUAGUUUUGCUGCAACAUGAUGCCCUCCGUAAUUGAAAGGGAUCCUGUUUGUUAUAUUUAUGCAAUCAUUAUCAGUUUGUGCUGAUUUUGCAUUUAACUGAUAAAUGAUGUUCACCCUCAUUAAUAGAUGAUUUUUCCUCUCUUUUUUUUCUUUUUUGCCCAAGGCAUGCAAGAAAAUUUUGGGUGUACCUAGUUUUCUGUAAUAACAAAACUAGUUUAUACAAUGUGCUUGGAUUGUAUAUUGGCUUGUA